AUGGUUUCGGCAAUGGGGCCUCCAGGCGGUGGCCGAACUUUCAUUACCGAGCGUCUCAAACGCCACUACAGCACGACCGCGUACUCGGACCUGUCUGAUGUCUCGAUCAAGCACAUCUUUGACGUGAUUUCGAAGUAUUUCUUUGCGGUGUUUGACGAAAGCGUGCAAAAGCUGGUCCCAACCAUGAUCGGGUGCACUAUCAAUGUUUUCAAGCAGGCGAUGCACAAGGAUGGUGUCCAUGCAAAAUUCCUUGAGGACGCUCACUGGGUUCAACUUUGGCGGAAACACUUCGAAGGAAGUGCGCUGCUUGAUCCAGCUGUGCCCUUCAAGGAAGCCAUGCCGGAAACGUUCAACGGCCACAACCUGAGAGUCCUUCAAUGGAAUCUCCUGGCCGAAGGCCUUGUGCCUGAAGGAUUCAUGAUGCCGCUGGUUAGUCAAAAACAUGUUGAAAGAUCAGACAUGUACUUGGAGGAGCUUCUGAGAAAAAGUGGGCCCGAAGAUUUGCAGAAUGCGGCAAGAUUAGCUUCGCAGGGGCCAAGAAGUUUCGUUUGGAGGGAGGGCGAUGGUGGUGCGGAAGGAUCUUGGGAGGAGUUUGCGCGAAUGGCAUGCAACAUGGUCCUGGCGAUGAAGGGCUUGGCCCCUUCACAAAAAGAAGAACGUGGACUUGAGCUCAAGAAGAUGUACAAUCCAGACUUGGACGGCAAGGGAACUGGUCAGCUGACUGUGAAUGAGAAGGCAAUUGUGGGUGCUGAGCACCGGCUGUUCCGAGUAGUAUGGUUCGUGGCCUUGCUCAAGCCCGACAUAAUCUGCUUGCAGGAGGUGGACAAUUUCCUGUUCCUCUCAAAGGAGCUGCAGAAGCUGGGCUACGCCUGCAGUAGUGAGGAUGCAGCAGCCUACGUCCCUCUCAAGGACAGGCCUGGAUCAAGCUAUGGCGAAAAGCUCAGCUCUUCCUCCUGGGCAUUUGCGCCCAAAACGGGUUUCAAGAAGGGCAAGUCCACGGCCCGGCACUUCCUGGAGAAGCGCGUGGCAGAUGGAACUGGAGUCAAAGCGCGAUUCUAUGGACAAGAGGCGUGGCCAAUUGAUGAUGAUGGUCAAGCAAUUUUCUGGCGCGCGGAUCGUUUCCAGAUCGUUGGCAAACCUGAGUUCCAGACACUGCCGGGAGAUCCAGACAUUGACGCGUUCGUGGAAGGCACCUCUGAGGCCCCAGGAUUUGCGACAGCGGAUCAAGCUGCAGUUCGGGUUCUACUGCAAUUCAAAGACUUGGAUGAGCGACUGCGGCGACAGCAGUUCUACGUUUGCACUACGCACUUGUCCAGUGGAACGGAUAGUGAAGUUCGGCGCAUUCAGCAGCUUCACCACCUGGGCCAAAGCUGGGGUCGCAGCGGCUUACCCGAGAUUUGGUCCAUGGAUGCGAACACAGAGCUUGACUUUGAUGAUGCAGACAUGGCUCUGGGCAGUUGCGUGCCCAUUCCGGAGGAAGCUAAUGCGCUCCAGAGCUUCAUGCACAACAACGACCUGCGAAGCAUCUGGGAGGAGUUCUACAGCAGCACACGCGACAUGUGGAAUCCUCCCGUUUCUGUGUGGAAGAUGAGGGGCAGUGCUUCUGCUCAGCCGAAGAAAGUGGGCGAGGACAUGUACCAACUCAUUGACCACAUGUUCUACGAUGGCCGACACCUGUUCCAGUUGGGCGAGCAGGCCUUGCGGCUUCGGGAGAAGAAGACUGAUGAUCAUGCGGACCGGGAUUGGCUGGCUCUGAUGCCAAACGAGCUUCUACCCUCAGACCACUUGCCGAUAGUGUGGGACUUCCAGCUUCGAGUCAAGAGCCCGCGUAUGGAAUCUACAGUCCUUCUAAGCACUGCGGAGCAGCUCUUCCGCCAGCUGAAGCCAUUGCUGAAGCAGGAUGAUCAGGUCCUGACUGACAUUGAGGCGCUCUUCAAGCCGCUGUACUUUGCAGGAGCGCUCACAGCAAAAACAGAGCUUGGACAGUUGCCAGACGCGGCGAUUGACAUUUUUCAGGCACUGAAGAAAAUCUCCGACGAGGCCAAGGUCGUGCUCAGCUACGAGCUGGUUUAUGGCACGUCAAAGCUGGAGGAUUUUCGUGAAAGGAUCAUUGCUGCAACUGGCCGGCAUCAGUCCCAGGCAACUUACGAAUGCUGCCUGGUCGAAGCGCUUCUGUUCUCUGCUGCUGCCGUAGUUGCUGCGGGCCAGUGGGUGGGAACUCAGCUGCUGGGAGAUGUCCGAAAUCUGAUCACUUUGGCAGCCAUGCGCUGCAUCAUGAGAACCUUCACAGCUGUGCCGCGCAAAGAUGAAGAGCAUUGCUCUGAGAUCAUGAGUAAGGGUCAGCUUUGGGCCCUGCUUGCCCAGCUCACUAGCACAAUCGCGCCGAGCUGCAACCACAUGGUGGUCGCUUUCGAUAACAACGGCUUGGUCGAUCCGAAAGACAUGAAUGCCUUGCUGGGAGAGAUUGGUGACCAGCUUGCUUCCAGGAGAACAUGCAACGGGCCGGCACUUUGUGUCCUCCGUUGCAUAAACUGGAGGCAGUGUGCCACAGGAUCGCACGUUGCGGCAGCUGUCAAAAUGCUCAUGCAGGCAAUCGAAUCGGGCAAGAUACCUUUCCUUGAGCAGCAUAUGAGCAGCGUUCCAGACGAACCACCGGCAGGGAGCGCGUCGGAUGCUAUCAAGCUGCUCAGAACUGGAAGCAACAGCCCCAAGCCUGCCCUCCAGAAGAACACGCCCCUGGAAUUCUUGCACAAGCAGACCUUUGACCAGUCUGCCGCCAUUGCAGCGCUGGCAUCUUUGGCCAUGUCCGGCAACUUGGAUUCUGGGGGCGGUCUGGCGCUAAUGCUAGAAUCGCUACAGCGACAAAUUGCCCUGGUACAAGGCAGCCAAGUGCCGGAGCGACAGGCUCGAGCACUUCGAAGGCCACCGCCCUGGGUGGUGGCGUCUUUCGUGCGCCGGGCGGUGGUUACCGCUUGCGAAAGCUUGGAGCCGAUUGAUGCCCUCUUGGUGUCGGUCCAGAAGCUGCACGUUCACGAACAGGCGAAGAAGAGAGCAAAAGUGAAUCCAGUGGAGGAGCUCAUACAGGCUUUGAUUGAGCUACCUCAAGAUGGAAUCCAAUCUCAAGCCCACACUUUCGGGCGCAUCUUGAGACUGUUAGUAAAGCUGUGCCAGCGCUGUGGGCCAGCAGCUCUGUUGUCGCCAAUGGUUGCCAGGAGCGGGAGUGACAGGAUUCGAGACGUGCUCAGAUGUCUGGCGCUUCUGCCAGCAGAUGAUCUGCAGCGUUGGAAAACCCACCUGCAGGUGAAUCGAUUCCUGGAUUUGCUGCUGCACUCUGACUUAAAGUCAGACAAUCUGGCGCGCGCUCUUCAGCAGAAGAUCCAGGAUGCCACGGAGGAGCCAGAAUUCUUGGACCUUUUAUUAAUGCGCCCUCCGGGAGAAAUCCGAAGCCAGAAGUCCUUCGACCUGAGCAAGAUUCUGGAUGAAAUUGACAAGUUUGAGUUCGUGAGAACUUUGCCGUGCCUGCAGCCCUUGGUCAUUGGUCACAUGGGUAUUUUUUCCUGGCAGGCAUUGAAUGAUUUGCUGCCUACACCGGCAAAGUCCCACUACCUCUUCAACCUGCGCGACAUUUGGAAGGUCUUCCUGGGCAUGUGCAGUCUCAGCUCCAAGAAGUCCAACAAUGCCCUGACCGUGACCCGAUGUUGGGCUCACGAGAUCCAGCGCGUGUUCGGUGAUCGGCUGACGGACAGCCAAGACCUGCAGUGGAUGAAGACGCAGGUCGAGACAGCGGUGGGCCAGGACAAGUGCAAGAGCAGACCAAUUUCAUGGAAACGGGAGCGGCUCAUCUUCGCUUCGUUCUUGACACAGGAGGUAGAGAACCGAACAUAUGACGAGGUUACGGACAUGCAGGCCAUGAAGCAAUCAAUUGAGGAAUAUCUGGAGGACUACAACCAGGUUUUCUCAAUCACAAUGCCGCUUGUGAUGUUCCUUGAUGCUUGCGAGCACUGCGCGCGCAUUUGCCGCGUUCUGAGCCAGCCCAACGGCAAUGUCUUGCUGCUCGGAGUUGGUGGAAGCGGCAGGCAGAGUCUCACUCGCCUGUCUGCCUACAUGAACGAAGCAGAUUGCUUCCAGAUCGAGGUCGCGAAAGGAUAUGGAAUGACGGAGUUCAAAGACGACGUCAAGAAAUGUCUCAUGAAAUGCGGCGUAGAGGACAAGGUGCAGAUCUUCUUAUUUUGUGACACGCAGAUCGUGAAGGAGGACUUUGUGGAGGCCAUCAACAAUGUGCUGAACAGUGGCGACGUGCCCAAUCUGUAUGCCAACGAAGAUUUCGAAGCCAUCUCAUCAUCUUGCCGUCAGCUCUGUCAGUCGAUGGGCAUGCAGCCAACAAAGGCAAAUUUGUUUAGUGCGUAUUUGAGUCGGGUGAAGAAGAACGUCCAUGUGACUUUGGCUUUCUCGCCUGUGGGCGAUAGCUUCAGGAAUCGUUUGCGAAGUUUCCCGUCACUGGUCAAUUGCUGUACCAUUGACUGGUUCCACGAGUGGCCAGCGGAAGCCCUCUAUUCUGUGGCCAAGCAGCAGAUCACUGGCCAGAACGUGGAACUCCCGAACCUGGAAGGAUCGCUGAAGAUGUUCCAAACCAUCCACCAAAGCGUAGAAGCAUCGUCCAAACUCUUCCUGAAAGCUACGAACCGGCACGUGUACGUCACGCCUACUUCCUUCCUGGAGCUGCUGACCAGUUUCGUGGGCAUCCUCGCCGACAAGCGCAAGCAGGUUGGCAUGCUUCAACACAGAUACAGCGUUGGCUUGGGCAAGAUUGGAGAUGCUGAAGAGCAAGUGGCGGGCCUCCAGCAGAUGCUGGUUGAAAAGAAGCCCGUGCUAGAAAAGACGCAGAAAGAAGUUGGCGAGAUGAUGGUGGUCAUUACAAAAGAUAAGGGUGAGGCGGAGGAAGUCAGCCAGGCUGUGGCAGCAGAGGAGGCUUCUGCCGCAGUCAAAGCUGAAGAGACGCAAGCUAUCAAGGAUGAUGCCCAGCGAGAUUUGGACGAGGCACUGCCGGCUUUGGACCAAGCGGUGGAAUGUUUGAGGAAGCUCAAGAAGGAGCACAUCCAGGAAGUGAAGGCGCUUGCGAAUCCACCAGCUGGUGUGCGACUGGCAUGCGAAGGUGUGUGUAUCAUGUUUCAGCUCAAGCCAGUCAAGAAGCCGGAUCCCAGCAAUCCCUCAAAGAAGAUCGAGGAUUACUGGGAGACAUCGCAGAAGCAGGUGCUGGUGGAUGCCAAGAAGCUUCUGGAAGACCUCAUGGAUUUUGACAAGGACAACAUCCCUGACAAGGUGAUCCAGACCAUUGGGCCUUACAUCGACAGAGAAGAUUUUGACCCCGCUGCCAUCAAAAAGGCCUCCAUCGCCUGCGAAGCCUUGUGCUUGUGGGUCCGAGCCAUGUACAAGUAUCAUUUUGUAGCGAAAGCGGUUGAGCCAAAGCGUCAGCUCCUCAAACAGGCGGAAUCAGAAUUGGCAGAAUGUCAGGAGAAGCUUGAUGCCGCCCAGUCGAAGCUUCGACAAGUACAGAACAAGAUUGCGGCCUUGGAGGCUGAUUUCAACGCAGCAGUGGAAAAGCAGAAGGAGCUCCAAGACGACAUGAACUUGUGUGAGGUGAAAUUACAGCGAGCGCACAAGCUGAUUGGUGGCCUGGGUGGUGAGAAAGCACGCUGGGGCCAGAACGUGAAGGACCUCAAUGCGCAGCUUGGACUUUUGCCUGGUGAUUGCAUUGUGGCUGCCGGCAUGGUCUCCUACGCUGGACCAUUCACCUCCCAGGUUCGAAGCGAUUGUGAGGAACUCUGGCGAAAAGAAUUGACAGACCUGGACAUGGCGCAUACUAAAGGAUGCAGCAUGUCGACUGUACUGGGCGAUCCGGUCAAGAUCCAGCAGUGGGUGGUGUGUGCCCUCCCGAAUGAUCAGCUCUCGAUCGAGAACGGCAUCAUCAUUGACCGCGCAAGGCGUUGGCCUCUCAUGAUCGAUCCGCAGCGACAGGCUAACAAGUAUAUCAAGAACAUGGGCAAGGACACAGAAACAGGGAUUGACGUUUGCAAGCUCAGCGAGAAGAAUUUCUUGCGAACGCUGGAGCUCGGCAUCCAGUUUGGGAAGUGGAUCUUGCUGGAGAACAUUGGGAUCAAUCUCGACCCUGCUUUGGAGCCAGUGCUGGGCCAGCAGAAGGUCAAGGAUGGUGCCGGUUAUGUCAUCAAGCUCGGCGACAAGUCAGUCACAUACACCGAGUCUUGGCACAAGCGCCAUGGCAAUGACAACUGUGAGACCGUCAUUGGAUCAAUGCUCAGGCCUGAGACCUCCGUGAAGGUGACGCUGCUUAACUUUGCAAUCACACCCAGCGGACUGGAGGACCAGAUGCUUGGAAUCGUUGUGGCGAAGGAGCGUCCUGACCUCGAAGAAGAGAAGAACAAUCUGGUGGUGCAAAACGCAAAGAACAAUAAGAUCUUGAAAGACAUCGAGGAUGACAUCCUUCGACUUCUGGCUACUAGCGAGGGCGAUGUACUGGAAGACGACACACUGGUUGACAAGGUAACGGACUCGAAAGCCGUCUCAGACGACAUCAACGAAAAGAAAAAAGUGGCAGAGGUGACAGAGAAGAACAUCGAUACAGCACGUGAAAGCUAUCGCCCCGUGGCAUUCAGAACUGCCGUGCUUUUCUUCUGCAUUGUGGAGCUUACAAACAUUGAUCCCAUGUACCAGUAUAGUUUGCAGUGGUUCCAGAAGCUGUUCACAAUUGCUAUUGACACGUCGCCCAAGUCAGAAGACUUCGAAGAGCGCCUUGGCAUACUGAAGAGCUUCUUCACAGAGGCGCUGUAUCAGUCGAUCUGCCGCGGACUGUUCGAGAAGGAUAAGACGCUAUUCUCCUUCGCGCUCUGCACCAGCAUUCUUAGAGGUGACAAGAUGUUGGACGAUGCCGAGCUGCGAUUCUUGCUGGUAGGCCCGACUGCGGACUUGGUGGAGAAGGGGCCGCCAAUUCCGGAAGAGUGGGUGGGCAAGCCUCGGUGGAAUGAGAUCUUGACCUUGUCGACCCUUCCAGCUUUUGCAGGCUUCUCCGAUUACUUUGCCUCACAUGUGUCAGAUUUCAAGCGGCUCUACGAUUCCGUGGAAGCUGAUAAGGAGACUUUGCCUGGCGAGUGGGAGGGCAAGCUUACCCCUAUGCAGAAGAUGUGCUUCAUCCGAGCCAUGCGCAUCGACUGCCUUAAAGCGUCCGUCAUUACGUUUAUCUCACAGCAGAUAGGGCAAGCAUUUGUGGAACCGCCGACUUUUGACAUCAGCAAGUCCUUCGCGGACUCCGUGAACACGACGCCUCUGAUUUUCAUCUUGUCGCCGGGCACAGAUCCAGUGUCAGAUGUCAUUGCCUUCGCUGAUAAGCUCGGCAUGCUGAAGCGAUUUGAGUCGAUUUCGCUUGGGCAGGGGCAGGGGCCCAAGGCCAUGAAGUUGAUCGAAAACGCUCAGGGCAGUGGCGGGUGGGUCCUGCUGUCUAACUGCCACUUAAUGGAGUCCUGGAUGCCUUCUCUGGAGGCUAUCGUGGAACAGUUUAACCCUGACAACAUGCAGACCAGCUUCCGUCUUUGGCUCACCUCAAUGCCUGCCAAGUCUUUCCCAGUCCAGGUCUUGCAGAAUGGAGUCAAGAUGACCAACGAGCCACCCUCCGGUCUUCGAGCCAACCUCCUCCGUUCCUACUCCGCGCUUUCUGAUGACCUCUUCAAAGAGUCUAAUAAGCCCGAGAUCUUCAAGACACUGCUGUUCGGCUUCUGCUUCUUCCAUGCCGUGGUACAAGAUAGGCGAAAGUUCGGUCCGAUUGGCUGGAAUAUUGCCUAUGGCUUUACCCCGGAAGAUUUGCAAGUGUGCCGGCAGCAGCUCAUGCUCUUCGUGAACCAGUACGAGCAAGUUCCGUAUAAGGUGUUGAACUUCUUGGGUGCAAAGAUCAACUACGGCGGCCGAGUAACAGACGAUAAAGACAAGCUUCUUAUAUCCACGAUUCUUCAAACUUUCAUCUGUUCAGAGUCUGUAGAGCAGAAGGACGGCUACAAGUAUUCAACAAGUGGCCUCUACUAUGCACCAGCGGCAGAGACGAUUGAAGAGUUUGUCACUUACAUCAAAGGCCUACCGCUAUAUCCCAUGCCUGAAGCAUUUGGCCUGCACGAGAACUGCAAUAUCACGUGUGCCCAAGAUGAAGCUUUGAAGCUCCUAACAGGGAUGCAGAGUAUGGUUUCGCUCAGCGCCGGUGGUGGCGAGGGUGGGUCAGCUGAAUCCGUCAUGGAUGACACUGCAGCGUCAAUCCAAGAUCGGCUACCAAAACCCUUUCCGCUAGACGUUUGUGAGACGAAGUUCCCAACUUUGUACGAGGAGUCAAUGAACACAGUGGUCAAGCAGGAGUGCCUCCGCUACAACAAGCUAAUUUGGUCAAUGACCAGCUCGCUGAAAGACUUCCGCAAGGCAAUCAAAGGACUCAUUGUGAUGACUGCUGAGCUUGAAGCUGCCGGCAAAUCUUUGUUUGUGAAUGAAGUCCCAGAGAUGUGGUCAAAGAAAGGUCCUCUGUCGUUGAAGCCGCUGAGCAGCUGGUACUUGGACAUUCUUGCACGAGUUGGGUUCUUCCAGAUGUGGUUUGACCUGGGUCAUGCUCCGCCGGUUUUCUGGAUCAGCGGCAUCUUCUUCCCACAAGCCUUCUUCACGGGGGCCAUGCAAAACUUCGCCCGGAAGUAUGGGGAAGAAAUUGACUUGCUGUCUUUUAGCCACCAAACGAUGGACCACAUUAGCGACGGACCUGCGCAGUUGACUGUACCUCCUGAUGAUGGAGUCUACGUCUAUGGCAUCUUCCUAGAAGGCGCCCGCUUUGACAACACAACGCAUCAGCUGGAAGAGUCGAGGCCAAAGGAGCUCUUUACGGACAUGCCGCCGCUGCAGUUCCUGCCUGUAAAGAAUCGUGUUCCCAACAUUCUGGACUACCGGUGUCCAUGUUACAAGGUGGUAUCGCGAAAAGGUACACUCCUGACCACAGGGCACUCCACCAACUUUGUGCUAUACAUCGAGGUGAAGACUGACCAGGUAGUAGACAAGUGGAUCAAAGCCGGCGUGGCUGCCUUCCUGGCAUUGAAGUAUUAA